CACAACAAAUAAAUAAAGCUUCGAUUGUGUGCGGGCCACUCACUCGGAUAGUGAGAGCGCCUGGGGGCUCAUCUUCCUCGUCGCCAUCCUCCUCUUCCUCAGCGUCACCUGCGCGCCGAACACCUGGCGGGCGACUCGCGUCCUCGCGCAUGCGCGUCGCGGCCUCAAGCUUGAAAGGGCAGCAAGCGAGCACAAGAUCGACAAGAGGAGAACGAAGAGAAGAGCCCAGAGACGAGGAUGCCUCGCUCCUUCCUGGUGAAGAGCAAGAGAGCUCACACGUAUCACCAGCCAAGAGCACUGCACGACUGCACAGGUCCUUGGAGUGAUGGCGGUGAGUUUCCUCCUCCAGAACCGCCCGGUACCACGUGGAGCGUUCCCACGGAGGAGGCUGCGGUGACCGCGGACACGUCGCCCCUCUCCUUGGGCUGCCUCGUCCCGAAAGCGGCUGAAUCUUCCCCCAAAACCCCGCUGAGCUGCGCGGGUAGCCCUUGCGCGCCCUCGCCGGAUUAUGAAGGCUUCUGGAGGCCCCCUUCCCCGUGUGCCUCACCGGAUUCCCUCAAAUCUUUCUCUCCUUUGGUGGACGACACGCCGGCUUUUUCUGUUCCCUUUCGGCCUUACGACUGGAGCGGAUAUCCUGCCUCCGCCGUUCACGGCCUCUAUCCCGGCCCGGCUCCAUCGGCGGUGCACGGCCUCUACGCGGAGCCCGGCGCGCGCGUGCUGCACCACUCGUCUGCCUACGCGCAGCAGGCGCUGCGGACGUACGGCCGCCACACUGCCGGCUCGCUUCUCUUCCACGACGGGGGGCCCCUACGCUCCCACCACCUCGAGGCCCACCGGGAGGGCCCGCCGGAUGUUCUGUGCGCCAGUCUGGUGCUCAACGGCGCCUACAAGUGUGUCAAGUGCAGCAAGGUCUUCUCCACGCCGCACGGGCUGGAAGUGCACGUCCGCAGGUCCCACAGCGGCACCAGGCCCUUCGCGUGUCCCGUCUGCAGCAAAACCUUUGGUCACGCAGUCAGUCUGGAGCAGCACAAGGCCGUGCACUCGCAGGAGAGAAGCUUUGACUGCAAGAUCUGCGGCAAGAGCUUCAAGCGCUCGUCCACACUGUCCACGCACCUCCUGAUCCACUCGGACACGCGUCCUUACGCCUGCCAGUACUGCGGCAAGCGCUUCCACCAGAAGUCGGACAUGAAGAAGCACACUUUCAUCCACACGGGGGAGAAGCCGCACAAGUGCCAAGUGUGCGGUAAAGCCUUCAGCCAGAGCUCCAACCUCAUCACGCACAGCCGCAAACACAGCGGCUACAAACCCUUCGCCUGCCACCUGUGCAGCAAAGGAUUCCAGAGGAAAGUCGACCUGCGCAGGCACAAGGACACGCAGCACGGGAUCAAGUGACAGGGAAGUACUCACGGACGUUUUGCAACCUUCGCCUGUCUUCAGUCGUGGGACAAAAUACGGCCAUGUGGCGUAUAGUUGUCUGUUACAGCAAAUAUCAAUUUUGUGGCUAUCCGAAGGACGACAACCCGGGAGA